AUGGCUACAUUCCAUUCUAACCUAUCUUUAAAGAUGGCACAUCUAGCAAGACGACCAAAUCAAGUUAUAUUAACACAAAUACAAACAAUAAAAACUAGUGCUACUACUCGUACUUCUAAAACACGACAUCAUCGAGAAUCUUCUAGUGAUAAAACAGUUGAGAAACCAGUACCUGAGAAAUCAAGUAAAAAACCAGCACAGGUGCAACCAGCCCAGCCACCAGCACCACGUGAGAGGAAGCGAAGAUCUGAUAUCAAUGAUGUGAGCAGACAAUCUAUCUCUCCUGGUAAAAAAGUUAAAAGUGAAAAUGUGAAGGAACCAAAUUCUCCGCGUAAUAUUAACACGAACAGUAAAGAGCUGAAAGUGGAAGUUGAGGAUAUAGGAUUAUGUAAAAGUAAUAACUCCUCUUCCAAAGACAAAACUUUAAAAACUCGCAGAAAUCCAAACGGUGCUAAAACUAACAAUUCUGAUAAUAAAAACCAUUCGCCAUCACCAGUUGUCGCGAAGGAUAAAAAACCUCCUGUUGAGUCAAGUGCUAAGGUGAAGGUCAGUGCUAAAUCGAAACUUUCUACAGGAACUGCCAGUGAAAACAGGAAGUGCAAAAGUGAUAAAAGCAAGGCAGCUAAUAAAUCUAAUGAUGUCUGUGGCACAUCAGUUUCCACCACUGCUGAUAAAAAUUUAAGAACUCCAAAACAACUACCUGUAGAUAAUGACUCAAGUGAUGUUAAAGAGUCGAUUGAUGAAAAUAAAACAAACAAUACAAACAGUGACUCAGUGACCCUAACAUCUUCUAGUUCUAAUAUUGAUAAAGUUACAGACUCUAAUAUUUCCUCAGACAGUGAAGAUAUGCACUUCAAAAAGCAGCUAUUGUUAACAAGUGGUACAAACAAUAACAAAAGCGAGAAUUCCUCAAACGUUAGUGGAUCUAUAACGUCAAAUAUUGAUGUGAAUUUAUCCGUUAUUGAUCAAGUGACAAAACUAGCGAAAGCUGAAAAACUAGCGUUGAAUGGAGAUGGGAAAAGUGACAGCGAAUCUUCAGUUAGUGUCUCUCAAACCUCAGUGUCUGUUACUUCAAGGGAACAGAGUGAAAAAGUGGAAAUAAAAACUCAGGAAAUAAAAAUCGAACGAUCACGAGAAUCAAACAUUGGAUUUCAGGCCUACGUUUCGAGAAGCAAUCCAACUACUCCUGCAAUGGAUGAACGCUCAGAUUCACGUGCUAGUGAUGAACGCUCCACCUCAAGUGUUCAUCACGAAAAGAGACCUAGUUCUCAAUAUGAUGAUCUCAAAAAGAGAAGUCCAGCUUCAAGUCCUUUAGUGAUAGACAGACACGAUCCAGUGCUACCUUAUCGUGACCCUGAAUUAAUGAAACAAAACCCUGUCCAUUUUUUAGGAGGUAUGAUGGGUCAUCCAAAGACAUUGAGUCAAUCCUCUUCAUAUCAAACAGUUCAUAAUCCCAUACCAGCUACGCCCUCAGCUCUUCCUACCAGUACAUCCUAUUCCUCCCAUCAAAUAACAAGACCACUGCUGACAUCUUUACCCAAUCAUUACCCUAUUCCCCCUCAAUCUCUUGGAGCCAUUACUCGACCUCUUUCAUUACCUCCUGGAUAUAGUCAGCUUGAUGCUCUCACUGCCCACGCACAACAUCAGCAACUUGCUGCCAUGCAGUUCCAAAAUGCAGCACAUCUCAUGCAUUUACCGUAUGCACCAUUAUCAGGCAACCAUAGGUUACAUCAGUUAGAGAUACUAUGGCAGCAGAAAUUCCCUUCUAUCCCUGUUCCACCAUCUUGGUUGUUAGUGAAACAUCAAGAUGAGUUACUAAGUGAAGUCACAUCCUUGCAUCAUCGUGAAUUGGAGCGAGAAAGAUUGGAUCGCGAGCAGAGGGAGAGAGAAAGAAUGGAACUGGAGAGAGAAAGAAUGGAGGCUGUUGAGCGAGAACGCAGAAAAGAAAGGUAA